CCUCAUCCCCCGGGGCAGCGCCCUCUAGUCAUUCAUUCGCUACCCACCCCGGGCAGCGCCCUCUCCCACCGGUCAUGGCCUCCUCCCCUAUCGGCCCGCUUGUCCUGGUUGUCUUUGAGUCUAUCCUCGAAGUCUUCAUCAUCUGCUUUGCUGGAUGGAUACUGGCUGUCCAGGGCAUUCUCGACAAGAAGACGCAGAAGCAAAUCAACCGCGUCAAUGUCUCCUUGUUCACGCCGGCGUUGCUCUUUUCAAAAGUUGCUUUCUUCCUCACACCAGCCAAGCUGGCCCAACUAUGGGUCAUCCCUAUCGUUUUCAUCAUAGUGACUCUGGUUUCGAUGGCGGUCGCGUAUUUGCUGGCAUGGAUGCUCAAGCUCAAGAAGUCGCAGAGGAACUUUGCGAUCGCAGCCGCUAUGUUCAUGAACUCGAAUACGCUCCCAAUCGCCUUGAUGCAAAGUCUCGUCGUCACCGUCCCCAAUCUCAAGUGGGGAGACGAUGACACCCAAAGCGAUAUGUUGGGCAGAGCAUUGACUUAUCUCGUGCUAUACUCUACCCUGGGCAUGAUUGUACGAUGGAGUUACGGUGUCAGGCUCUUGGCGGAUGCGGAUCCAGAGGCUAUACCAGACGCCCCGGCGAAUUCUCCCGUCGGGCAGAAUGACAACGCGCAUACCAGUUCGAUGGAAGCUGAUCAUACCCUGCGUCGUGAACCAUCUUCCCUGACUGACGCUGACGACGCGAAGACCCUUACGCACGUUCGCAUCAUCGAGGAGCCCAAGUCUUUGCCAAGCUCACGAUCCAUAUCGCCCCAACCCCAGGCAUCGACAUCCGGCACACCUUCCUUGUACGCCAGCGAGGGCGAACGGACCAAUGUAGAUCUCCCUCUGGGAGAUGUGGUCCCAGAGCUGGAGGCCUCGGUCCCGGACUCGCGCUCGCGACGCGUCUGGAACCGCAUCCGCAAAGCCUGGGCAGGGUUCUGCGAUUUCAUGACCGUCCCUUUGUGGGCCGCGCUCGCCUCCAUCAUCGUCGCGUGCAUCACACCGCUACAGGUGUUCAUCGAGGACCACGUCCCACCCAUCACAGGCGCGCUCACCCAAGCCGGUAAUUGCUCCAUCCCCCUCACGCUCGUUGUCCUCGGCGUAUACUUCUACACCCCACCCGAUAAGCGCCAACAGGACGAGCAGCUCCCUACGCAUAAGUCUUCGGGCCGCAAGCCGAGCUGGGCAGCACGCUCGCGCGAACGGAUACGCAAGGCGUUUAGCCGGAAGAAGAGUGGAGAGGGGAAUCAGGCGCGCCCGGGGGAGACGAAGACGGUCCUUGUGGCAGUGCUGGCGAGGAUGGUGAUCACGCCGAUACUGCUCGUGCCACUCAUAGCAGUCGCGGCGAAGUACGACCUACAGCGGCUUUUCCAAGACCCUGUAUUCAUCGUGUCGAACGUGCUCCUGAUCGCGUCGCCGCCUGCGCUCACGCUUGCGCAGAUCACACAGGCUGCGUCGGGCGACGCUUUCGAGCGUCUCCUCAGCAAAACGAUCUUCUGGUCGUACUGUGUCCUGACCGCGCCCUCCACUAUCAUCGUAGUUGUCCUUGGGCUGAUCCUCGCCAAGCUCUAAUCCGAGCUACGUUCUUUUGCUUGAAUUGCUCUGCUGUUGUCUCGUCAUGCUCAAUCUUGCAUCAUACAAUUCUCAACGGCAUACAUGUGAAUCCAUAUGACGGACUUGAUUUGUUUUUUUCUUGCUGAUCUCGAUUGUUGAAUUCUCAUACAAGCGCGGUGUGUCCUCUAGCCUUGAGAAGCUGCGCCUGGUACGUACGUAUCAGGCGUGUGCGUGGGUGUAUACAGGGACUUAGAACGUGUUGCCGAUCCAUAGACUGUUCUGGCUGUAUUGUAGGCCUUUUCUACACCAUCCCCGAUACAUUGCAUCCAACAUGUUGGGCAGCGCAGACGAGGCUCGCUGGUGCGUUUGCUCAAGGCAAAUAGGCGCUGAUGGCACUAUCGCCACUACGAGAGAUGCGAAUUCGGAAUGCGUUUGUCUCGCCGAUGCACACAGUGCACGCAUGCAUUGACCCUCCAUUUCCGUCG